CUACACCGCGUUACAAUUUAGUCUCCAAAAUUUAAGAGCCCUGUGGAAUUUUAGGCCUUGUAGUACAUUAGCAGGAGGAGUACAUCAUAUGAUAGUACACUUUUUUUUUCAAACACCUACAUAUAUAGCGAUGCAAAGCGUAAAAAAUUUGCUAAACCCACCAUGGCUGCUGCAAUGCUCAGAAGAUCCACCAUGGGUUCCCUUGCAUUUUUGUUUCUGGGGUUUCUAAUUCCCCUGAUUGCAGCUCAUGGAGGAGGCUCAGAUGAUGAUGAGCAUGGGGAUGUGAAGCCCAACUUAAGAGCAAAAUCUUUAAUUCUGGUAAAAAUCUGGUGUCUCUUGAUAGUUUUCAUUGGCACCUUCGCUGGAGGAAUUUCUCCUUAUUUUUUCAGAUGGAAUCAGACUUUUCUUUCGCUGGGCACCCAAUUCGCAGGAGGGGUUUUCUUGGGGACGGCCUUAAUGCAUUUCUUGAGUGAUUCUGCAGAGACGUUUGGAGAUUUGACGGAGAAAGAGUAUCCCUUUGCAUUCAUGCUCUGUACUGCCGGAUAUCUGCUUACCAUGCUGGGAGACCUGGUAGUGACUUGGGUUUAUGCCAGGCAAUCAGACAAGACAGAAAUUAUCCCCCUCCAGAAUCCCGUUCCUUUGCAACCUAAAGAUGAUCAAGGACAAUUCACUGCACACAAUGGAGAUACAUCAUUCAUAUAUCAGGAGGUGAAGGCGCCAUUGCCUAGUUCGGCUUCUUUGGGUGACAGUUUAUUACUGAUAGUGGCACUCUGUUUUCAUUCUGUCUUUGAAGGAAUCGCCAUAGGAGUGGCAGAAACGAAGGCAGAAGCAUGGAGGGCAUUGUGGACAGUGUGUCUGCACAAGAUAUUUGCAGCAAUUGCAAUGGGCAUAGCACUACUGCAGAUUGUUCCAAACAGGCCACUGUUAUCAUGUGCAGCUUAUUCUUUUGCAUUUGCCAUAUCCUCUCCAAUUGGGGUUGCAAUUGGCAUAAUAAUCGAUUCCACUACAGAGGGACGAGUUGCCGAUUGGAUUUAUGCAAUUUCAAUGGGUUUGGCUUGUGGAGUUUUUAUUUAUGUGGCCAUCAACCAUCUCCUCAACCGAUGGAGCAAACACCAUAACUCCCAAAAGGCUGAGGUUACAUUUUAUAAACCAUUUUACAAUUACAUGGCGGUUGUUUUGGGGGCUGGAGUGAUUGCAGUGGUGAUGAUUUGGGAUUAGAGAGCCUCAAUGAUUUGAAUGAUAAAUCUUGUGUUGUUCAUAUUCCAAGUUCAGUUUUGUUGUAAUAUGAAAACCCUACAUGACUGCAACUUUCAAUACAGAGAUGGUUAGAUUGUUGGAGAUUUUUGUGAGGAGCAGAUAUGCUUUUUGAGGUCGAAUAGAUUGAUGGAGGGCUUUUGGGUCUUGAACAUGUGCCCGACACUUCCCUGUAGAAAAAAGUAAAGCAAGUCUGGAUGUAUUUAGUAACUCAAUAUGUGAAAAAAUCUUUUUUGUUUUAUUUAAUGAAAUUGGAAAACAGAUAUGAUUGAAGAGA